AUGGCGCGUGCAGAGGGCAGCAGGGCGCGCGAGGCGCACAGGGCUGCAGGGCGCGCGGGGCGCACAGGGCAGCAGGGCAGCAGGGCGCACAGGGCUGCAGGGCAGCAGGGCGCACAGGGCUGCAGGGCAGCAGGGCGCGCGGGGCGCGCAGGGCUGCAGUGCGCGCAGGGCGCGCAGGGCAGCAGGACAGCAGGGCGCGCAGGGCACGCAGGGCUGCAGGGCGCGCGGGGCGCGCAGGGCUGCAGGGCGCGCAUGGCGCGCAGGGCAGCAGGACAGCAGGGCGAGAGGGGCAAACAGGGCAGCAGGGCGCACAGGGCUGCAGGGCAGCAGGGCGCACAGGGCUGCAGGGCAGCAGGGCGUGCGGGGCGCGCAGGGCUGCAGUGCGCGCAGGGCAGCAGGACAGCACAGGGCGCGCAGGGCUGCAGAUCCCCUCCCCCCCACCGCUGCACCCGCAGCAGGGGGAUGGAGGAGAAGGCACGCGGGCAGGAGGAACCCCCUCUUGCCACCCCCUCACCCACCAUGUUGCAACAGGGCACCGGGGCCGCGGUUAGGGGCGGCAGGUCGCGAGGGGCCAUGGCUAGGGGCGACGGGGCCAUGGCUAGGGACGGGGCCGGGCACUGGGCAGGUACGGGGCCGGGUGCUGGGCUAGGGACGGGGCCGGGUGCUGGGCAGGUACGGGGCCGGGUGCUGGGCAGGUACGGGGCUGGGCGCUGGGCAGGUACGGAGCCGGGCGCUGGGCAGGUACGGGGCCGGGCGCUGGGCAGGGACGGGGCCGGGCGCUGGGCAGGUACGGGGCCGGGCGCUGGGCAGGUACGGGGCUGGGCGCUGGGCAGGUACGGGGCCGGGCGCUGGGCAGGUACGGGGCCGGGCGCUCAGCAGGGACGGGGCCGGGCGCUGGGCAGGUACAGGGCCGGGCGCUGGGCAGGUACGGGUCCGGGCGCUGGGCAGGUACAGGGCCGGGCGCUGGGCAGGUACGGGGCCGGGCGCUGGGCAGGUACGGGGCCGGGCGCUGGGCAGGUACGGGGCCGGGCGCUGGGCAGGUACGGGGCCGGGCUCUGGGCAGGUACGGGGCCGGGCGCUGGGCAGGUACGGGGCCGGGCUCUGGGCAGGUACGGGGCCGGGCGCUGGGCAGGUACGGGGCCGGGCGCUGGGCAGGUACUGGGCCGGGCGCUGGGCAGGUACGGGGCCGGGCGCUGGGCAGGUACGGGGCCGGGCGCUGGGCAGGUACAGGGCUGGGCGCUGGGCAGGUACGGGGCCGGGUGCUGGGCAGGUACGGGACCGCGCGCUGGGCAGGUACGGGGCCGCGCGCUGGGCAGGUACGGGGCCGGGCGCUGGGCGCGGAACGGGGCCGGGCGCGGGCUAGGUACUGGGCUGGGCGCGGGCUAG